AUGGCGGACGAUUUGGACGCUGAGCUGCUGGCUCUGGCUGGUGACUCCGAGGAGGAAAACUCCCCUCCCCCUCAAGAAAAGGAUGAAUCUCCAGAACCUUCUGCCUCUCCUCACUCUCUAGACGGUGACCGCUCCCCAGCCAUGGGUACCAAAGGAACUUCCAAACCGGCUCGCAGGCCGCGGAAAGUGAAAGAUGAAGAGGAUGGUGAAAUAUCUGAAGCCGAGUCCCAACACUCUCUGCAGUCCGCAGCCAUGUCCGAGUCUGACUCCGAAGCGGGAGAUGCCAGCGAUGAAGAAGACCGCCCCAUCUUCCCUUAUGACAAGCUCUACUACUCUGCGAAGGAAAAGCAGGAGAUCUCUGCGAUGCCCGAGAUCCAGCGUGAGGAGUUGCUUUCUGAGCGUGCCCAGCAAGUUGAUCGCCAUAACCAGGAUCUGGCUCUGCGUCGCCUCCUAGCUUCGCGAGAGCGUGAGGAACAGCGUAAAGCUAAGCGCAAGGCCGGUUCUGCUGGCUUGGACGAAAACCAGCGGAAGAGCUCGCGACAGAAGACGACUCUGGGUGGCCGCAAAGUUGGAGAAACCUCCGCUGCUAUCGACGCCUACAAGCGUCAACGUGAACAAAAGGGCAAGCGAGAUGAACUUCGCCGCCGCGAUAUCCCUCAAUCCCGUCGCCGCUCUCGUUCUAUAACCGCCGCUCGGCCUCCAUUCCCAAAGAUGACCCCCCCUGCCGAGCUCCGCGAUCUUCAACGUGCUCGUGUUGGCCGGAGCAACUUUGCUCAGGUCUGCUUCUAUCCUGGGUUCGAAGAUGCUAUCACCGGCUGCUACAGUCGUGUCAACAUUGGACCCAACGCGGACACUGGCCUCAAUGAAUAUCGUAUCUGCUUAAUCACAGGUUUCACUACGGGAAAGCCGUACGCAAUGGAGGCUACGAAUGGUCGGCCUUUUGUUACUGACCAGUACGCCAAGAUGGCUCAUGGCAAGGCUGUCCGCGAGUUCCCUUUCAUCGCUUGUUCCGACUCCGCGUUCACUGAGGCUGAGUAUAACCGCUACCGCAAGACACUGGCUGUUGAGGAUGGCAAAAUGGCCACGCAGACAAAAUUGGCCUCCAAGGUCGCAGAUAUCAACCGGCUCAUCAAUCACCAGUUCACGGCUGCUGAACUAAACGAGAAGUUGCGCAAGCAGGGUGCCUUUGACUCGAAGAAGGACGUUCUUCGCCGCGUUGACCUGGAGCGUGAACUCAAGAAUGCCAAGGCAAAUGGCGAUGAGGACGAAGUCGAGAAGCUGCAGAAGGAGCUGGACAAGAUUCUCAACCCCAACCUCUCUUGGGGUACCACUCUGAUCAAGCCGGCUGCCGACAAGACACUCUCGGAGGCAGAGCGUGUCCACCUGAUCAAUCUGCGCAACCAGAAACUCAACCACGAGAACGUUCGUCGUGCUCAAAUUGAGGAGCGCAAAGCCGCUCGCAAGGCCGCCGCCGCAGUUGCCCGUGGUGAAGCUUCCACUGAUCCCUUCAUGCGUGUCCGGACCAUCGCCAAAACUCACCACGAUCUCUCUGAUAAGCCAAAGGAAGAGACGGUGUCUGCCGAUGGCACUCCCGCCGAUACACCCAAGGAAGACUCCAAGGCUAGCACUCCUUCCGUGGCGACACCCAACUCCGGUUUGGCCCCGAAGAAGCCCAAGAGUGGCUUCAUGAUCAGUUACCGCAAGAACGACGACGAGGCCAUUGGAGAUAUGGACCUGGGCAUCGACAUCGACAUCUAG